UAUCAAAAGUUGUGAACUUGAAAGAAAACCAGCCACGUACGAAAUUAUUGCUCGCCAAGCCGAUCACGUAGUAUUGGGUAAAAGGCAACGAUGUCGGUGAAGACAUUGAAAAGAGCGUUAAGUUUUAGACAGGAUAAAAAAAAUACUAUCAAACAAGGUCCGAAAAAGACUUUGAACAUUGUGAUAGUUGGAGAUGGAGAUACGGGCAAAACAUGCUUAUUGAUGUCGUUCAAAGGACGACCAUUCCCAACGGACUAUGUUCCGACCGUUUUUGAGACCUACACACGUGACAUACGUCUUGACGGCGAGGCUAUUCAACUUGGACUGUGGGACACCGCUGGUCAGGAGGGGUAUGAUCGCUUGCGCCCUUUGGCGUAUCCUCAUUGCGAUUGUUUCGUUAUUUGUUACGCUGUGGAUUCACCCGACUCACUUAAAAAUGCCAAAGAAAAAUGGUUGCCAGAAUUAGAACACUUCAGUCCAAAUGUGCCAAAGAUUUUGGUUGCGACAAAAAAGGAUAUACGAAGAAGAACAUUGGCUAUAAUGGAUAUUUUGAACGGGAACAAAACUCCCAGUAUCGUAAGCUAUGAAGAAGGGUUGUGCACAGCAGCGGAGAUUGGUGCUGCGAGGUUUUUGGAAACUUCAGCGUUAUGUAAUGAUGGUGUGAGGGAAAUGUUUGCGCAGACAGCAAGAGUUGCAUUGGAAGCAAGAGAAGAGAAGGAAUGUAAGAAAAAAAAGAAUGAAAGAUGCUCCAUUAUGUAAUGUGCUAGCUAAAACAUCAAAUACAUUCUGGAACAAUCGUAUUGAGAUCGAUGCCAUAACGAAACUUGAGUUUACAGGCAACUGACGAUCGCAACAAUCUUGUAGUUUUGGAUCAAAUAG